CGGAGCGCCAUGCUGGGCGCGGCAGGCGCGGGGCUCGUGCGGCGCCUACGGGCAGGGACUCAGGUGUGGCUGUGGGGCUCGCGCGGCUCCCUCACCUUACCGCACGCGGCCAGUGGGCUCCACGCGGGAGACUGGCGGCCCUCAGCCGGGCGGGGGCCGCUCGGGCGGCGGACGAGCCUGCCUGCGGCGGCGAUCGUAAACUCGUCGCCCCGCCCUCUGCAGUCCUACCUGCGCCUCAUACGGUUGGACAAGCCCAUAGGAACCUGGCUACUGUAUCUGCCAUGUACUUGGAGCAUUGGUCUGGCAGCUGAACCAGGUUGUUUUCCAGAUUGGUACAUGUUAUCCCUCUUUGGCACUGGAGCUCUUCUGAUGCCUGGAGCAGGCUGUACUAUUAAUGACAAGAUGAGGAGCGGCCAUGGGGGCAGGGUUACAAGAACAGCAAAUCGCCCAGUAGCUGCUGGAGACAUUUCAACUUUUCAAUCCUUUGUUUUUCUUGGGGGACAGCUGACCUUGGCACUGCGUGUUCUAUGUCUGAAUUACUACAGUAUAGCUCUUGGAGCAGCAUCCCUACUUCUUGUCAUCACCUACCCGCUAAUGAAGAGAAUUACAUACUGGCCUCAGUUAGCCUUGGGGUUGACUUUUAAUUGGGGAGCAUUACUUGGAUGGUCUGCUGUCAAGGGCUUCUGUGAUCCAUCUGUUUGCCUUCCUCUUUAUUUUUCUGGAAUUAUGUGGACUGUAAUAUACGAUACUAUCUAUGCUCAUCAGGACAAGAGAGAUGAUGCUCGGAUCGGGUUUAAGUCCACGGCACUGCUGUUCCGUGAAGAUACCAAGCAGUGGCUCAGUGGCUUCACUGUGGCGAUGCUGGGGGCACUGAGCCUGCUGGGAGUGAACGUCGGUCAAACUGUGCCCUACUACACUGCUGUGGUUGUUGUAGGAGCCCAUCUGGCUCACCAGAGUUACAUUCUGGACAUCCACAGACCUGCGGAUUGUUGGGAUAAAUUCACCUCCAACCGAACAAUAGGACUAAUAAUUUUUUAAGGAAUUGUCCUUGGGAAUUUGUGGAAAGAAAAGGAGACAGAUUAAACAAAGAAAAAUAUAGAUAAUAGAAUAGAAAAUUAGCAAAUUAAGUUUAACUGGGGAUUUUUAAAACAAACUUUUACAAAAUACUCUCAGGUCUUAUUACCACAUAACUAGAUUUGAAUAACAGUCUUACAAUAUGUUAAUGAAUUACAAACCAGUAGAUGAAGUUGUAGAGCAUUUUUGCCUGGAUUUUAGUUCAGCUAUGUACUAGUCAAAUUCU